UAAUUAAUAAUUAUUAGAGUGGACGUGAUCAGGGCAGGAGUCGUCAAACAACCUUCGAUUCGACUGACUCUACCCUUAAUUAAACCUUGCACGUACGUAAUGGAGCUUUUGAAUGUUCACCACCCUCUGGUUUUUAUUUUUGGCCUUUUAGGUAACAUUAUUUCCACUGGGGUCUACUUUGCUCCGAUGCCAACAAUUAUUGAAAUAUGCAAGAGAAAAUCGACAAUGGGGUUCCAGUCACUGCCAUACGUUGUAUCCCUCUUUAGCGCAUUGCUAUGGUUGUACUACGCCUUCAUCAAAGGAGGCGGCACGUUCCUUCUAAUCUCCAUCAACACUCUCGGUACCUUUAUUGAAUCCGUUUACAUCAUCAUUUUCCUCGUAUAUGCUACACCAGACACCAAGAAGCAAACGUUUAAGGGUCUGGCUGCUACCAUGGUGUUAUGCCUUGUGAUUUCUCUGGUUACACUCCUGUCGUUCCAUGGAUCAACAAGGGUCCUAGUUGUUGGAUGGAUUUGUGUUGGGAUAUCCAUAUGUGUUUUUGCAGCACCUCUCACUAUCGUGUUUCAAGUUGUGAGAACAAAAAGUGUUGAAUUCAUGCCAUUGUCCCUAUCGUGUUUCCUGACACUAAGUGCGAUGAUGUGGUUCGCUUAUGGGUUGUCCCUCAAGGAUAUAUGCGUUACGGUGCCAAACAUAUUGGGAUUCCUAUUGGGAGUAGUUCAAAUGGGACUGUAUGCAUAUUACCGAAACGCAAGCAAGGAGACAAGCAUCGCACCAGAGAAAAAGCCCAAAGAGCAUAUCAUAAACAUAAACUUAUCCAUGUUAUCAAACUCAGAGGUGCAUCCAGUGGAUUCUGGGCGAAGUAGUGAAGCAGACGAAAAGGAUCAGAAAAAAAGGCCCGAUGAUGAUCAGAAGGAAGAGGAAGCAUGUGGGAUUGAAGUGGUGAAGUUGGAUACGGGUGUAAUUGUGGUAUGUGCCAGCCUAAUUAAUUAACUAACCAAUCCGAUUUAGAAUUAGUAGUUGUGGAUCGAGAUGUCCGGUUUGUUUAUUUAUUGUUGCUGAGACUAGUGGUGUCGUGUAGGGUAGAAUUGUUUUAAGUUUAGGUAUAUUUUGAUGAGACAACAAAACACACACUCUCUCUCUCUAUCUAUCUCUCUUUCUCUCUCCGUAACAGAAA